AUGGCCGCCCAAGCUCCGGACCCUUCUCAGGUGCCGGUACCGGACGUGAGUCCUGAAGAAGAGGCUUUGCUGUUUGGUCAAGCAGGCCAGACAACUUCGCGACCUCAGGAAGCACCGAACCCCUUUGAGUCCCCUCCGGCAACUCCUGCUCAAGCGCAGGCUUCACCAGCGGGCAGUCAGGCAGGGAGAACUUUGCCCACAGCCAGCGGUGGAGGAACCGAGACUGGGUUUCAAGCCAUCGUGUUGGAAAUGCUACGUCAGCAGAACCAGUCUACACUUGAGCUCUUGCGUCAGCAAGGGCAGGCUACUCAACAGAAUCAGCAGUUGAUAGCUGCUCUCAUGAGACGCAUGGACUUAGAGGAGAAACGCCGAAACGAGGCCGAAGAGAAGGCAGCUGAGACUGCUAAGUUGGUUGCUGAAGCUGCAGCUAAAGCCAAGACUGCAGACCCGUUUUCGGGACCUGGUGCCACAGCAGCGACGGGGUCGUCUUCGUCUACUUCUUUUAGUGGUGGGUCCACUCUUCAGAACCGAGCGGAGAAGUACCUACCGCCUUUGCCAUUGCUGGAGCAUCAAGGCAUGAGCAAAGGACGCAUGCGAGAAGUGGAAACGUGGCAUGGCUAUGUGGAGACUUUGAGCUCGUGGUUGGCUUUGCAAGACGAGUCUUUCGUUCGGGAGCUUCAGCUGUGUGUGAAGGUGAAACACGAGAUACUCCAGAAGGAUCUCAGUGUGGAAGUUGCAGCGCGGAGCGCUAAGCUGUUUUACUACCUGACCCAAGCCCUGGCAAAGUGGGAAAGGGGUCUGGAGUUGCUACGCUCUUGCUCGAAGCGACAGGCUUUGAGUGCCUGUGGGUACGAGGCCAUGCGCACCAUCACACAGCAGUACAGCAUAGUAUCCCGCAUGGAAGCCGUCUUCGUGCGUGACCAGUGUUUGAAGUUGCAGCACACGUGCCAACAUAUUCGGCGGCCUACUGACCUCAUUAGGCACCUUGAAGAUGAGUUUUCUCGGUCUGAGGCAAAGCUGUCGAAUUUCCCUGAACUUCUUCUGUCAGAGGCUGAUCGGUGCAGUAUCCUUUUGCAAGCGGUGAAUACCGAGCUUCGUCAAUACGUUGUCUUGCAUGGGAAGAGCAACGACUGGAACUCAUUGUGCAGCAGUCUGAAGUACUACGAAGAACAGCUUCGACUAUGUGAGGCUCCAGGUGGAACGUCUCGAUCCCUCAGUGACACUUUGUGUGAUUACUGCGGGAAACGGGGACACCAAGCCGAGAAAUGCUGGCAGAAGCAAAGGGAUGAGAAGGCCCGUGGUGGUGGAAGUCCGGACAAAGGCAAGGGCGACCAUGGAAAGGAUCGAAAGACAAAGGAAAAGGGGACCGAAAUCCCAAAGGUGGGGGAACUCCCAAAGGUGGAGGAACGCCGCGGGGAGGUGGAACUCCUCGGAGCGAGCACGGGGACAAGAGCCCCAAAGGGCGCGGAAAGGGCAAGGAGAAGUCGAAGAAGAAGAAAGGAAAAGGGAAAGGCCGUUACUUGGGUGAGCCCGAAUCGGAAGCAGACUCUGGGGAAGCCACCUUGA